AUGUCGCCGUCUGCGAUCAGUGUGGAGGCCGGUCCACCUGCCAAUGCCGACGGAUUCCUCGCUGAGCAAUCAAAGAUCACGCAAAAAGAAGCCUCCGCCACCUCCACCACCACCACGACCAACGGCACGACCAACGGCAACAGCACAACACCAGCCGAGCCGCAUGAUCCGACCCACGAAGAGCAUCAAUACCUGAACCUACUGCGCGACAUCCUCUCCCGAGGCGAGCACCGACCCGACCGUACUGGCACGGGCACACUAUCGCUCUUCGCCCCACCACAACUACGCUUCUCUUUGUCCAAACCCUCAGUAGACGAUCCCUCCAAUCCCGACGCCCACAUCCCAAUCCUCCCCCUCCUAACCACCAAACGCGUCUUCCUCCGCGCCGUCACCACCGAACUCCUCUGGUUCGUCGCCGGAUCCACCUCCUCCAAACCCCUCUCCGAAGCCGGCAUCAAGAUCUGGGACGGCAACGGCUCCCGCGCCUUCCUCGACAAGCUGGGCUUCACCGAUCGCGAAGAAGGCGACCUCGGCCCCGUCUACGGCUUCCAAUGGCGGCAUUUCGGCGCAGAAUACCGCACGCCUCAAGACGACUACAGCGGGAAGGGCGUCGAUCAGAUCGCGGAGAUCGUGCGGAAGUUGAAGCACAGUCCGUAUGAUCGGAGGAUUAUACUGAGUGCAUGGAACGUGGCGGAUUUGGGAAAGAUGGCGCUGCCGCCGUGUCAUAUGUUUGCGCAGUUUUAUGUUAGUUUUCCGGAUGCCGUGAGGGGGGAGGCGGCGUUGGCAACAGGUGCGCAAGCAGAGAAACCGGAAAGGAAAGGACAUUUGAGUUGUGUGCUUUAUCAAAGGAGCUGUGAUAUGGGGUUGGGUAUACCGUUCAAUAUUGCGAGUUAUGCGGAGCUUACGCAUAUGUUGUGUCAUGCGUGUGAUUUGGUUCCGGGGGAGUUGAUACAUACGAUGGGGGAUGCGCAUAUUUAUUUGGAUCAUGUGGAAGCGUUGAAGGAGCAGUUGGGGCGGGAGCCGAGGGAGUUUCCGACGUUGAAGAUUGCGAGGGAGGAUAGAGGGGAGGGGAAUAUGGAGGGGUGGAAGGUUGAGGAUUUUGUGGUGGAAGGGUAUCGGCCGCACAAGGGUGUUGCGAUGAAGAUGAGCGUGUAG